AUGUUUUCAACAAGUGUGCGGAGUGUGGAGAUUUGCAUGAAUAGGAGCUUCUUGCAGCUUGUGAAAAGGUCAUUAUCAGUUUCAAGCCGAGAUUCUGUGAGAGGUUUGGCUUCCAAAGAUGGGGAGCUUAGAGUCUUUAUCGUUGCUGGGGAGGUUUCUGGUGACAUUAUUGCCUCGCGUUUUAUCAACUCUUUGAAUAAGCUUUCUCCUUUUCCUGUUCGCUUUGCAGGUGUGGGAGGGUUGAAUAUGUCACGACACGGAUUCAAUUCUUUGUUUCCUAUGGAAGAUAUUGCAGUAAUGGGGAUCUGGGAGUUGUUACCACACCUUAGUACGUUCAGGGUCAAAUUGCAAGAGACAGUUGAGGCAGCUCUUGGUUUCCAUCCACAUGUUGUUCUAACAGUGGACUCAAAAGGAUUUUCUUUUCGCUUUCUGAAACAAUUGCGAGAAAGACAUGGUCUGCAGAGACUAGCUUGUCUGCGACAUUUUCACUACGUAGCUCCGUCUUUCUGGGCAUGGAGAGGAGGGGAAUCAAGACUUCAAAGGCUCUCAGAGUUUGUGGAUCAUGUUUUCUGUAUCCUACCAUUUGAGGCUGAAGUCUGUCGUUCGAUUGGAUUGGAUGCAACAUUUGUCGGCCAUCCAACAUUGGAAGAUGCCUUGGAGCUAAAGAUUGAGAAAUAUGUGGACGAGGAAUUGAAAGUUCAAGGUGAUGGGAAGAAAUUUAGGAGGACUCAUGGGAUAUCACCAGAAUCAACUAUCAUAUCGGUGCUUCCGGGAAGCCGAUUGCAAGAGGUCACACGCAUGUUUCCUAUAUUUUCACAAACUAUGGUGCUGCUCAAAGAUGCCUUCUCUAAGUUGACAGCUGUUAUCCAUGUGGCACCUAAUAAGCAUGUAGAAGAAUACAUCAGUAGUGCAGUUCGUCAGUGGCCUGUAUCAGCCAUAUUGGUUCCAGGUGGAUCAUCAUGCAUGAAGUACGAUUCUUUUAGUGCUAGUAGAGUAGCAUUGUGUGCGUCAGGGACUGUUGCAGUGGAGCUGCAGCUUGCUCGGUUACCUUGUGUUGUUGCGUAUCGAGCCCAUAUCCUAACUGAAUGGUUCAUCCGUUAUAAAGCUAGAAUACCUCAUAUCUCACUUCCGAAUAUCAUAUUCGAUUCGCCCAUAAUCCCUGAAGCUCUCUUUGGCGCAUGCACUCCUUCACGAUUAGCACUACUUCUCGUGGAGUUGAUGCAUGACGAGAGCCUUCGCCAUAAACAGCUUUCUACUGCUGGGCAGUUUCUAAAUUUGCUUCAUCCUCAGAGAAGAUUAACUGACAACUUGAACCAGAGUGAAUCUAUACUUGCUCUCCGUACACCAAGCAUGAUAGCUGCAUCGGCAGUUUUAAACUCUUGA